AUGGCUGCAUCGAGGAUCCACGGCAACGGCACUUGGAACUCCCAGAAGGGCGACAGGUAUCAGGGCCAGUGGCACACCUCUCAGAAGCACGGCCUCGGCGCCUACGACCUCCACGACGGGCAAGGCUAUCGCGGGCAUUACGUGGAUGGCGAACGGGAGGGAUUCGGCAUCUUCAAGUGGAGUGGCGGAGUUAGCUACAAGGGCUUCUGGGUGGCUGGGCGUCCAGCCGCCGUUGCCGCUGGCACUUUGGUGCAGGAGCCCAAGGACGAGGCCCUGAAGGCGGGGAACACUUUGCUGAAGAAUUCCUUGGCAAAGGUAGACCCCAACAGCCCAGACCAAGAUGGAAUCUGGCAGACUCGACGGUACCUCAUCGAGGUUUGGAAGGCCACAGGCAUGGACAUGUCCAAGGUGAAGUUCCUGUGGUCCUCGGAGGAGAUCAGCAGCCGGGCGGAGGAGUACUGGGGCCAGGCGCUGGACAUUGCCUGCCGCACCACCCUGGCGCGGGUGAAGAAAUGCUGCCAGAUCAUGGGCCGAGACGAGGGCUCUCUGACGGCCGCGCAGAUCUUGUAUCCGCUGAUGCAGUGCACGGAUAUCUUCUUUCUCAAGGCCGACAUUUGCCAACUGGGCGUGGACCAACGGAAGGUGAACAUGCUGGCACGGGACUACUGCGAUGCCGCAGGGCGCAAGCUGAAGCCCAUCGUCUUGUCCCAUCACAUGCUCUACGGCCUGAAAAAGGGCCAGGCGAAGAUGUCGAAGAGCGAUCCGGACAGCGCCAUCUUUAUGGAGGAUAAGGCGGAGGACGUUGAGCGGAAGAUCCAGAACGCGUACUGUCCCAGUGUGCCGGAGGACAUCUCCGUGUCCGAGGGCAUGGCUCUGGUGGAGGACGACUUGAAGAACCCAUGCCUGGACUACAUCCAGUACACGUUGUUCUCCCGCGCUGGCUACACCUUUAAGGUUGCCGGCAUCGAGUAUCAGAGCUUUGAGGAGCUGAAGCAGGCCUUCACCCAGGGCACAGUCUCCGCGGAGGAGCUGAAGCAAGCCUUGGCCGCUGAGGUGAAUGCACUGUUGGAGCCCGUCAGGAAGCACUUUGAGGAGGAUGAGGAGGCAAAGCAACUCCUCGAGAAGGUCACUGAAUGGCGCCGAGAGACACUGACCCCGACGUCAUCCUUGGUGCGCCUCAAGCUUGACGUGGGCAAGGCCCGGGUGGUCUUUGCGCCUUUGCCUUCGGAGUACCCGCGCCUCUCUGAUGCGCUGGAGGUGCUGCGAAGGCUGCAGGGCGACGGGAAGAAGAUCUUGUGGCUGCAGGACUGGAGUGCGCGAGCCAUGGGCUGCGUUGGCGGAUCCGUGGACUGCGUCAAGAGCUUCUAUGAGCUUUUGCUGCACGGACUCCGAUCCUUGGACCCGGAGCUCAUGUCCCAGGUUACUGUCCAGUGGCAGGGCGAGGCGAUUUUGUCUGGACCAAACGAGUACUGGACCUCCGUGAUCAAUGCAGGCAGGCAAUACUCCCUGGAGGCCGUUCGGGAGGCGCUGCCCGAGGGUGAGGAGUUGGACGGCGCCGGCCAGGUGGUGGCCACGAUCAUGCACCUGGGGGACGUGCUGGCGCUCGGAGGAUCUGAGGUGGUGCUUUGCUCCGGCGCUCGGCACAGGAACUUGCACGAGUUGGCAGCCAAGCAUGCCGAAGUCUGCGGUCUCCAGAUGCCCACGGUUGAGAUCUUGGACAUGCCGAGUUUACGACUCCAAGCCGAGGGCGAUGGUAAGGAGGCAGACGUGCAGGUCCUCAUCACUGACAAGGAGAUGGACGUGAACCGGAAGAUGAAGAAGGCUUUCUGUCAGCCGGGGAAUGCGGAAUUCUGCCCGCCCAUCGACUGGGUGGAGGCGAUGCUGCCAGCCUUCGGCGAGUUUAUGGUGAAGCGGAAGCCGGAGAACGGGGGAGACCAGGCCUACGGCGAUGCGGAGCUCAUCCGCAAGGACUUUGCAUCAGAGGCGCUGCACCCCGGAGACCUGAAGACCUCCUUGGGCAAAGCCCUGAACGCCGCCAUGGCUGAGAUCCGCUUAGGGUUGAAGAAGCCCGAGCUGAAGAAGGCGCAAAACAAGCUGAAUCAGUACAUCAAGUCGCUGCAGAAGAAGAAAUGAUGGGACUACAAGGCUGAGGCCGAUCUCGAGGCUCUCUCUGUGAGACUCCAAUCGGUUCAGUGGCUUCAGCUCAAAUCUCGGUGAGGUCCUCACCAAGCUCCUGAAAGCCCCUCUUCAGUUUGAGCCCUGUAGCCUUUCGUAGCCUUUCUCGGCCUGCGGCUGAGUUUUCAGGGCGUUGCGGGU